CGUUUUGAGCAGGUGACGUGUAUUUUCCGGUUAUUCACUAUGUUGUGCAGUUUGUACGUGUUGUUUUGAGAAAUCACUUGGAGAUCUGCAAUCUUCAAUUCUGAUCUGAGAAAUGACUGAAAGCAGGUGAGAAAAACUGUAAUAAGGACCUGGAUACAGGUGUGACGUCAUCCGCCCCCACUGGCCGCCACUGUGCACGCGUGGACUGUCCGGGUGGGAUACAAGGAGCGCGCGAUCGUGUAUCUCUUUCACCAAAACUCGCCAAAGACGUGCGCGUAAGCGCGCGUGCGCGUACGCGUGCCUCGGUCGCGCCUGGUAGUUUCCGCACGGCGCGGUUUAGCGAUGACGUCAUCCUCACUGUCGGCUCAGGAGCGACGCACGGCGCGGGUCGUGUUCCUGGGCGCCGCGGGCGUGGGGAAGACCUCGCUGAUCGCGCGCUUCCUGCACGUCCGAUUCGAGCCGCAGCACGCGCGCACCGUGGAGGAGCUGCACACGCUCAAGGGUGAUCUGGACGGUGCCGCGCGCCUGGUCCUGGAGAUCCUGGACACGAGCGGCAGCUACGCGUUACCGGCCAUGCGCGCGCUUCGUAUCCGAACCGGCGACACCUUCGCAGUCGUGUACGCGACGCGCGAGCUGUAGCUGCGCGGCUCGCUCGAGGAGGCGCUGCGCACACCGACGUGCGGUAGAGACCGCGACCAUGAGAAAACCAAGAGGAGAAAAAAACACAGCUGCGUUCUGUCCUAAACACCAAACUGCACCGGGAACCCGCACUUACUUCCGGUGUUCCGGCAACCAUCAGCCUCAACCCAGACCUUCUCAAACCAGUGAAUUUCUGCUGCAGAUGUUACAGAACAGUUCACAUCUGGAAUUGUGAAGGAAACCAGUAGAGAAGGAGAGAAGUGUGAAUGAAUAGGUUCUCCAGGUUCUCCUGAUUCAUCUUGAUUUCUUUUAGACUGUUAUUAAGAAAGACAUGAUCCAGACCAGCGUUUAAGACCACGAAGGUGCUGAGAUUCCAACUCCAUCAUGAAAACAUACAGCUUCACCUCUGACUGUUACGGAGCACUGACACUGGAGACUCCUUCCAAACACACACACACACACACACACACACACACACACAUUACAGAUGUAGGAAUCCUGUACACAUUAUACCUGUAUGUAUUAUUAUGACACUGAGAGAAACCCCUCUGUACUCUAUACAUAAAGAUUUGGGUUUUGUGUGUGUGUGUGUGUGU